UUAUAAUAAUUGAUAUUAAUGACUGUUAUUCUAUUGCAGAUGGUGUUAUACAUGAAGACCUAAAUUUGGAGAAAACAUACACUCCUUUAAAAGCUUACUCGCAAAGUAAAUUGGCGAAUGUAUUGUUCACCAGAGAACUCGCUCGUCGAUUAAAAGAGGCGAAUAUCAACGGGAUAAAUGUGUAUUCCUUGCACCCCGGCAUUAUACACACAGAGUUAGGUCGACAUUUUCACAAAACAGUAUUUCCCGGGGCAAGCGUUGUUUUUCACUGGCUUCGCUGGCUGCGACCAUUCGUAAAAAAUCCUGAGGAAGGUGCGCAAACGACAUUGUAUUGUGCAGUGGACGAGAAGACAGCAGAUGAAACUGGUUUCUAUUACACAGAAUGCCGCGUUGCGAUUUCACAGUGGAAGAAAAAAGAUGAGCAAAUUGCUAAAGAACUAUGGGAUAAAACCUGUCAGCUUUUGCAUUUGGAACCCGAUGAAAAUCUUGCUGUAUUUUUAAAAACUGUUUCGCGUCAAAUUGAAUGAUGUGUUUUUCGUAGAAAUUUAUACUGAAAAACAAUCCAAAUUCAUGAUUAAUAAUAUGAUAAUGUCUAUUAUCGAUGGUUUAAACAAAUAUCAUUAAAAUUACAAAGAUACGAUUUUA